AUGUUUCUUCGAUCGGAAGUCUUCCGAUCUACCCCAGGAUCCUUCAUCCGCCAUGUCAGUAAACCUGCCAUCCGUCGACUGCCUGGGCCGUGGCGCCCUCGACAUUACUGCACUUCUCCGACGAGCACGGCAACCCCUUUGGUCCUCCGGUGGUACCACAACCCGUGGAAGGUCGCUGCGGCGGUGUCUGUCGUCUCCGUCGCCGCGCUGAUCGCUUUCUGCCACCGAUGCCUCGAGGUGGUGCCCUGCACCAAUCGCGCCCACUUUGUCUUCCUGUCUCCUCGCACCGAGCGCGAGCUUGGCGACUCCGAGUUCGCCGAGUACAAGGAGGAGGUGUCCUCGCAAAUCCUCAGCGAGCUCCACCCUGAUAGUGUCCGCGUCCGUCUCAUCGCCGACAAGAUCAUCCACGCCGCUCAACGUGGCCUCGGCGUCGGCAGCCGCGACGCUGUCAUCCUCCGCGUCACCGGGAGCCGCCAGAACGGAAAGCCAUGGAGACCCCAGCCUCAGACGAGCCAUCUCCAUGGACUCAAUUGGGAGGUUAUAGUGGUGGAGGAUGAGCUUUAUGCCACCGCAUUCAGCAUGCUCGGCGGAAAAGUUGUUGUAUUCAGGGGAUUCCUCAAAGAUUUCAGCACGGAUGGUGAGAUCGCAUAUGCUAUCGCCCAUGAGGUCGGGCACAUCAUCGCGAGGCACCAUUCUGAUAUCACCCGGAGCACAUGGGUGCCGAUGCCCCUCUCGGCGUACUUCUGCAAAAAGUAAUUUUGCUCCUCAUUUUUUCGUGGCGAUUUACAUUCUCUGUGUGAUACAUCAUAAAAAUGAGUUCUCUUGAGUUUUGUUUAACAAAAGACCCGGUGAUGUUGCAUAUCUAGGACUGAAAAAGAAGCAGAUCACAUUGGAAUGCUACUACUCGCUGCUGCUGGUUUCAGUCCACAUAUAGCACUUGCCUUCUGUGAGAAGAGCGCAAAGAUGGAAGGAGUUCAAACACUCCAACAAUACCAUCUCUCUGACCAUCCUCCGUUCCAGAAAAGAUUACACUUUUUAUCUCAACCGAAGAUCAUGGAGAUGGCAAUGGAACUAUAUAGAGAAGUUACUUCCAUGAAUAUGGUAACAGAACGGUACUUU